AUGGGAAGGCAGAGGAAGAGGGUAGUGACAGGUGAAGCUGCUCCUCCUCCAAGGAAAGAUGAGAAGCCCUCCGUGUUUCACCGCAAGGAGAAGAAAAAGAAAAUGGAUAUCGGCAAAGUCUUCAUCAACAUCUCCAUCGGCCUUUGCAUAUUCAGCCUGAUUUGGUUCUUUUAUGCCCUGUACAUGCGGUCCAACCUCGCCAAUAGGGUGGUGACUCUUCACGCUGCACCCCCCGUACUUGAUGCCAAUAGCAGCAGCGCCAAGGUUUCACCAGACAGGUUCUGGGGGUCGUACAGGCCUCAGGUGUACUUUGGCAUGAAAACAAGGAGUCCUACAUCGAUUGUAACAGGCAUGAUGUGGAUGCGUCAGUUUUCCGACAUGGAUGUGAACCUGAGGCACACCUGUGAGCAGGGGGAUCGUUUACAAGGAUAUGGCUGGCUCAUGCAUGAUGGGCUCACUUUUGGCGUCCAGGAAAUCAGAGAUAAUGACUUUACACUGACCACAGAGUUUGUUAAGAGGAUGGGUGGGGGGCAUGGAGGAGACUGGACUUGGAGGAUCACAGCCAAGCAGCAUAGCUCUUCUCCUCAAGCUCCGGUUAUCUCCCUGAUGUUCUACGCUGCUGCAGAUACAGAGGGCUCACUGGAAGCUCACGUGGAGGAGAAAAACCGCCUCGCAUCCAUCACUGGUUCCUCGGAGGAGCUGGGAAACUUCAAGAUCACAUUCCGGAAACCUGUUACUGGGGAAUUAUCCAGUGCUAAAUAUGCCAGCUAUAACUAUCUUCAGACAGUCACUCCUGGCUUGGAGAAGCUGACAGACAUAGUGAAGCACAGUCUGAACCGCAGAUUUGUCUACAGUCCUCCAUCUGGUGAGAAGAGGCAUUACAUUGCCGUAGACGUCUACAAGCCACCGCAUCAUCACAACCAACAGAAACCCUCUGAUACAAGAAAAGAGAGUGACUUUGUGGUGCACCAGGUGACAGUCCAGACACCUUUCCAGGUUGAAGUCCUGUUUGAGUCGGGUAGCUUCUACAACCGUCCAAACCAGCUGGUUGGCUCAAUCAUGACUCAGGAGCUCGAAAAGAGAAAAGCAGAAUUUAAUGCAAAGUUUGAGAAGACCUUUGGACUUGAGAGUAAAAGCUUUAGUCAGGCACAUAUAAAGUUUGGUAAAGCAGCGCUUAGCAACAUGUUAGGUGGCAUGGGCUACUUCUAUGGCCAGUCAGUGGUCCAGUCAGUCUACAAUGACUACCCACUCCUGUACCCAGAAGGCGCCUUAUUUACUGCUGUACCGUCACGCUCUUUCUUUCCCAGAGGAUUUCUGUGGGAUGAAGGGUUCCACCAGCUGCUGCUGAGCAAGUGGGAUCCCCAGGUGACAAGGGAGGCUAUCGCACACUGGAUAGACCUGAUGAAUAUGGAGGGCUGGAUCCCCCGUGAGCAGAUUCUUGGAGAUGAGGCUCGCAGUAAGGUCCCAGCAGAGUUUAUAGUUCAGCGCAACGAGAAUGCCAAUCCUCCUACUCUGUUUUUAGCUCUUCAGGAGCUCAUUGAACAGCUUUUGUCACAUCCAGACAAAGCGGCAUCUCAGCCAACUUUGCCCUUCCUCCGACGGCUCUUCCCCAGAUUGAAAACUUGGUUUGAAUGGUACAACACCACACAGACAGGGCCUCUUCCCAACUCUUAUCGUUGGCGUGGCCGUGACAAGGACACCAAUCUGUUUCUCAAUCCCAAAACCUUGACUUCUGGGCUGGACGACUACCCGCGGGCAUCACACCCAUCGGCAGAUGAGCGGCAUGUGGAUUUACACUGCUGGAUGGCCUUGUCCUCAGGCAUCAUGGCUAGUAUAGCUCAGCUUCUAGGCGAGCCUCAUCAGGACUAUGAACUUUCCCACCAGAUUCUCAGUGAUAACAACCUGCUGAAUGAGCUUCACUGGUCUGAGCAACUGCGAGCGUUCAGCGAUUUUGGUAAUCACACCCAGGCUGUGUCCUUGCAGCAGGAGAAGGUAUACGUACCUCCUGGACAACCCCGCCAUCAGUUCCCUGUGGCACGCCUUGUGCGUUCUGUCCGAAGGGCCCCUAAGCUGCAAUAUGUUAAUGCCUUGGGCUACGUUAGUUUGUUUCCUUUCUUACUGCACGUCCUUCAACCUGAUUCACCCAAACUAGAGUAUAUCUUUCAUGACAUGAGAGAUCCCAAUAAGCUGUGGACACCUUAUGGCCUACGGUCACUCUCAAAAGCUGAUCCGCUGUACAUGAAGCGGAACACAGAACAUGAUGCCCCCUACUGGAGGGGACCUGUAUGGAUUAACAUCAACUAUUUGGCGGUCAGAGCCCUUCAUCACUACAGCAACAUAGAUGGGCCAUACAAAGAGAAGGCAGCUGCUCUUUAUGAAGAACUCAGGACUAACAUUAUUAACAAUGUUUAUAGACAGUAUGUGGAAACAGGAUACAUCUGGGAACAGUACAAUGACAGCACUGGCAGGGGCCAAGGGAGCCAUCCUUUUACUGGCUGGUCAGCACUGACAUUAUUAAUGAUGGCUGAACAUUACUGAAGCUGUAGAGUUCAUCUCCUGUUAAGAUAUUGGCCUCCAUUUACUUGGGUUUGUUUGCAACAAGAUAUUUGCAUCAUAAGAAAUGGAAAUGUUAUCUGUUUGUUGAAAUAUUGUACUAACAAUUAAAAUGCCUGAUCACAAGAAUGAGUAGAGACGUAACAAUGCUUCACAUUGAACCAUGGCCUUUAAUUACAAUAAGAUACUGAAAACAUUUAGUUACUAGGUAAACAAACCCAUUACUUGACAAAUAACGGCCCUUAUCUUUUUAUUUGUGCCAUUCUCUCUUUAAUCAUGUUCUUCAUUCACUGUCUUGUCAUUUUGAUAUUUAAUUGAUAUUAUUUGCUUGAUCACGGUCUUUCAGAAAUGGUUCUGUACAGUGUUGCUUAACAUUUAUAAAAUUACUGCUUCUAAAAGCAGCAGUAUUUUGUACACAUAGACUGUGAUUUUACAAGCAAAGGUCAAAACUGACUGUUGCAUCGUUAUUGUUUUGUUAAAAACAAUAAAUGGUUUAAAUACA